UCUUGUUUUGUCUUAGCACUGUCACAAUCAAAUGUAGCUUUACCUCAAGGAUCCGUGAGUCAUACAAAGUGUAUAAGAGCAGCUCAAGAACCUCUGUCUGGUGCUGUGGGACCCAUCAGUGGAACUAUUGGACCUAUAAUGCAAUUCACAGCACCUGUCCCUGGAGCUACAGGACCAAUCAAGUUAACUCAAAAAACCAUUGUGCAAACUCCAGGACCUAUUGUACAAUAUACUGGAUCCAGUAGUGCUGAACCUUCAGAAAUGAACACUGCAGGAUCCACUUCGGGUCCAUCUCCAGCGCCCCAUGGUAUGCCUUUAGCACCCCUGAUGAUUUCACAGAGAACAACAACAAGACCUGGGCAGCCUACAACACAUGCAGCAAUACCUAUCAUUACACCAAUACCUAUCGGAAUAGCUCACAUACCCACUGUGGACAGUUCUGGAAAAAUCAACUGGAGGAAAGCAGCAUUAUAUCCUGAUUGGAGGAAAGAAGAGUUCCAGGCUGCAUGGCGGCAGACACCUUCAGUUGAAUAUUCAGGUGAAAUAGGAGGCUUAAUGUACUGACCUGCAAACAGAGCUCUUUCUACUCAUCCAGUCUUCAGUUUCAUCAGACUCAUUUUUCCUGGUCUGUCAGUCUCUCCUGACUUCAAUUACCACCCUUUCCUACUUAAAAUAUGAAUGCAUAAUAACUUCAAGUAUUCCCCUACUAGUAAAUGAAAGCCCUGCCCUUCUUAUCCUUCUGUGACAUCAUCUUAGCAAGACCCUAAAUAUGGGGUUGCUCAUACUAGCAGCUUAACAUGUUAUAAAAAUUCAAACAAGUGAACACACUGGUACCUUAUAUACUUUUUGUACCUUUCACAACCUGGAUGCCAACACUAUUUUCCAUGCUUUUUCCAGCCAUCUACAUUUCCUUGGAUUUAUCCAUCAGCCUUUAAAAUAAUCCACUUAUUUAAACUUUCAAUUCUUUCAGUUCUAUUCUCAAUAAAGUACUGUGUUACCACUUAGAAAAUCAAAGAGAACUGUCUCAUCUUUAUAACAACAAAUAAAACAAUUCUAUCUAAAUCAGGAUGUCUCUAUUACCCCUCCUUCUCAGGUUUAUUAAUACAAACAACAUCUUCCUGUUUAGGGAACAUCUAUUCUCUCCAUCAAUCCUACACUGACCUACCUUGUAUGGGGAACUAUCAGUUAUUUCACCUAGCUUUCCUACUUAGUCCUUAUAAUUAAUGUAAAAAUCUCAAACACUGUUCAUAUUAAAAUUGCAAGAAUAAAAUUCUCCAUGAACUGUGUAUCCUCCUGUAUAUGCAUCUUUUUCCUUAUAUAAUCAAAAUUCUCAAAAUAAUUAUCUGCAGCAUAGAGGGCAAAUCCAAAAGAAUAACAAACACAUGAAUAUCACAGAGAUUUUCCCCUAUUUUCCUUCUAGUAGCUCUGCAGUACCAUAUUUUUUUCAAAGAUUCAUCUAUUUAUUUGAAAGGCAAAAUUACAGAUAGAGAGGGAGAAACAAAAACAUCUGUCCACUGCUGCUUCACUCCCCAAAUGAUUGCAAUGGCCAGGAGCUAGGCUGAUCCAAAGCCAGGAGCCAGGAGCUUCUUCCAGGUGCCUCAAGGGGUCCAAAACUUUGGCCAUCUUCCACUGCUUUCCCAGGACAUAGCACAGAGUUGGAUUGGAAAAGGAGCACCACAACUGAUGCCCAUAUGGAGGUCUCAGCACUACAGGUUGAGGCUUAGCCUACUGCACCACAGCACUGGCCCCAAGAGUUUCACAUUUUACAUUCAACCUUUUAACACCUUUUUAAUUAAAUUUUCUGUGAGGUGAGGGCCUAAUUCCAUUCUUAUGCAUUUUCUCGGCCAUUUGAAAUGAUGAAGUGUCCUACCUUAUUAGGGAGCAGGGCCAAUAAUGCAUAGCUUUUCAUCUUCCAGAAGUCACAAAACAAGUCUCAAUAAAUUUAAAACAGCAGAAGUCAUAUCUAGUAUCAUUUCUGAACACACUGCAAUAAACCAGAAAAAAAAAUAACUACAGAAGGAUUGGAAUCCACACAAAUACAUAGAACUCCUGAACAAACAAUGGAUUCAGCUACACACAAUCAGAAAUGAAAAUGGAGACAUUAUGACUGACACCACAGAAAUACAAAAGAUUGUAGGACAAAUUUGAUUACCUAAAAAUGGACAAAUUCUUAAGCAUAUAUAAUUAAUUUAGCAAUAUAUAAUCAUGAACAGGAUGUCUGAGCAGAUCAAUAAAGAGUAGAAAUAUUGAAUUAAUAAUAAAAAUCAGCCAUCAAAGAAAAGCCCAGAACCAGAUGGCUUCAGUGCUGAAUCAUACUAAACAUUUAAAAGACAAUUAACAAAAAUCUCCUUAAACUAUUUCAAAAAGUAGAAGAAGAGGAAAGGGACAUUAUUUUCUUACAACUCCAUCUAUGAAAAAUAUUAAAUCUGUUCUCUCUAUAUUAAUAUCAUAAAAAUAAAAUUAAAAAAGCAACCCCAUUCCCAAUAACUACAAAAAAAAUUCCUGGGAAUAAAUUUAACCAAGUAAGUGAAGGUCUCUACAAAUGAAAACUAAAUCACUGGUGAAAACACUGAAGAGGGCAUAAAAAACAGGAAAGCAUGACUAUUGCCAAAGUCGAUUUGCAGAUUUAAUACAAUCCUUAAUAGGAUUCCAAUGACAUUUUUCAAAGAACUAGAAAAAAAAACAGUGUUAAAAUCUGUAUGGAAUCACAAAAGACCCAAAAAGCCAAGGUAAGAGUGAGCAAAGAGAAAAGGCAUAAGGACUUCUAAGCCUUGUGCUUGCUUAAAAGCCUCUGAAACAGACACUGUGCUGGACAGGAGAGAUGCAAAGGUGUUCCAAGGAAUCAAGGAGUUUUUAACAAAAACUCCAACAUUAGAAAUUCCUGAGCAAGCCAUUCAUAAGAAGAUCCUCUUCAGAUCAGUUUCAGCUUAAAUAAAAGGGACCUGACCAGGUGCUAGUGAACACGACUACUUCCGUGAAAUCAGAACUAAACUUCUACCUCUUAAGUCUUCACAGAUGAAUGCGAAAGACAUUCCUGACUGUUCCUAUAAGCCAAUCAGAAACCUUAGAACUCGACUUCUGGGAGUAACUGACUACGCAGGGACACAGACCUUGGCAAUGACCGAGACUGCUCCAACCCACAAAGCAAAUUUGUUAGACAGGACAUACAGAGACUUACAGACACUGGAUAGGCAGGGCCUGCACUACACCCCUCAUGAACAGGAAGCAGUUACAGAAGAUAUGAUUCAACAGCCAUCAACUCCCCUUAGGAUUAAGGGGAUGGAGUCUCUGAGGGGGGAAUGAAUUAGGCAGGUGUACCCUAGUAGGCCAGAUCUAUGAGAUGAGACCCUGAAAAAUCCAGAUGCUGAAUGUUUUACUGAUGGCAGCAGCUAUAUGAAGGAAGGAGUUAGAAAGGCAGAUGACAUAUAUACAGAUUACAGAUAUGCUUUCCUUGUGUUACACGCACACACAGCAUCUGCCAAGAGAGGGGCUUACUGACUGCAAAGAGUUCCCCUGUUAAAUAUGGAAAAGAGAUACUGGCUCUACUUCAGGCAGUACUGGAGCCUUUAGAAGUAGCGGUCAUCCACUGCGAGGGACAUCAGAAAGGAGAUAAUUAUGUUAACCAGAGAAAUGAGAUAGCAGAUAGAGCAGCUACACAGGAGAGUUUGGAAAUGGCCCUUAUACAUCAAUCUGUGGAAGUAGCUAAGGAACCUCACUAUACGGAGCCUGAAAAUGAAUGGACCCAACAGUGAGGCUAUACUAAAAACACAAAUGGAUAGUGGAUGCUAAAUCACAUUAUGCUACCAAUGGCCACUUAAUAGAAAAUUACACAACUCUACCCACUUGGGAAGAGAUGCCUUAGUACAACUGGUCUCCUGAGCUUUUGGAGGAAAGGGACCAAAUAUGGUCAUAAAGGAAAUGACUCACUCUUGGCCUCUAUGUUUACAGAAUAACCCUCACCAUUUAAGGCCACCUCCCCUGUUGACUCCUGUGCAGAGGAAGGGAACAUAAGCAGGUGUAGAUUGGCAGGUUGAUUUUACCAGUAUGCCUCCAACAAGCAAUUAUAGGUACCUUCUAGUCUUUAUUGAUACUUUUACAGGAUGGAUAGAGGCCUUUCUGACCCAAAUGGAGAAAGCACAUGAGGUGUUUAAAGCCGUGUUGAAAGACAUCUUGCCAUGCUUUGGACUCCCACGAUCACUCCAGAGUGACAAUGGACCUUCAUUUAUAUCUAAAAUGACCCAGCAGAACCCAGCAGCUUCUGAGAAUAAUGAUGACCACGCAGGAAACACUGAGAAUGCUGGUGACUGAAAGAGAUCCAGCUCAUAAAGUGAACUCAUUAGAUGAGAUAGGCAGAGACUUCCAGACCGAGAACAGGCAGGGUCUGUGCCCCUAAUCAGCAGGAAGCAGCUACAGAUUAAGGUCUGGAGUCUCUGAGGGGGGAACGAAGUAGGCACGCAUACAGGCUAAAAUUGAUUAGAUUUGUGAACUGGAAGACCACGCCUUUGCUACUCCCCUGUGUGGCCUCAUCCCCCUACCUGGCCACACCUGGGUGCCCACCAGCCAAUCAGGUUAAUUAACCACUCCCCUUUGGAAGUGGGUUAAAAGCCAGGCCACAGUGUGUCCGGCCCUCUCUUCUUCCCUGGCCUCUUGCUAGGAAGGGGCUUGCUGUAACCCUCUACCUCUAGGGUGCAUGGCCUUCGGGCCAUGUGCUCUAGGCUUCCUGGCCUAGAUGCUCAUCCAUGUGCCUGGUUCCUGGUGCUCGGUAUGAAUCCCCAUUCACUUCUCUCUCCUAAAUAAAGCUCUCACUCUCUUAUGCACCUUUCUUACUAAAUAAAAGAUUAAAAUGUACCAUGCUGCCUCGUUUAUCUAUGCCGGCAUUUAGAAUUCUUCUCUAAAUAUUAGGCAAGAACCCUCUCAGGCUUAUUAAUAUCAGGGAUUUAGUAAUAAGCCCGUGGUG